ACAAUUUGUUCAAAUAACUGUAUAAAUAUGUUUUUUUUCUUUGAUUUGAUUUCUAAAACUAGUGGCACGUAAUGUUAAACUGAAAUAAUAAUUCAAAACCUAGUGCAGUAAAGCAAUAAAACUCCUUUUAUGCCUAACAACGCCAUUCAACUUCAUGUCGAUCACGCCUCAGACAUGGGACACCAUAGUGAUAGGGCUGGGUUCAGCAGGCACCACCGCUGCCUCUACUCUCGCCAGCGCUGGUCGAAGGGUGCUGGCGUUGGAAGCUCAGGACAGGAUCGGUGGAAGAGUUUGGACUGUGCCCUUUGGUGAUGGAAUCGUGGAGGUCGGCGGUGAAUGGAUUCACGGCACAGAAAACAGCAGCGUUUACGAAAUAGCAAUGAAAAACAAUAUAACGGUGUUACUGCAAGAGCCAAAUUUCAAAAUAUACAAAUCCGACGGCAGCGAGAUGAGCGUGGAUCUGAUGAGAGAGCUGGUGGAAUACGGUCUGGAGCAGCAGGAAUACCCGCCCGAGAAACCGGAAGCUAUGGGGGAUUUUAUAUCCAGGAAACUAAUGGACUACAUCAAAGAGAAGCACCCAGACAUCCUCCGAGACCAGGGAUUCCUCACAGAACUGUUUGAGCAGAUGAACUUCUUCGUAAACAGUCUCGAAGCCUCCAAUAACUGGAAUGAUGUCAGCACAGAGACGACCUUCGUGACACUCAAUGGACCACAGACCAUGAGUUGGCACCGAAAUGGAUAUAAGACUUUCUUUGAACUUUUAUUGAACACAUAUGAUAACGGCCCAGGCUGGCCAACGUUAGAAAUUAAAUUGAACAAAGAGGUAACUCAAAUAAAAUGGCCGAAAGACUCGACGGGUAAAGUGGAGGUAGUGUGCAAAGAUGGCGCCGUUUAUACAGCUGACAAUGUGAUAGUCACCGUUUCUCUCGGAGUCCUGAAGGAAAGAUACACAACACUCUUUUCACCACCGCUUCCCGAGGAGAAAGUGACAGCUAUAGACAAGUUAACAAUAGGCGUGGUGGGGAAGACCAUUUUCUCGUUCCCGGAACGGUGGUUUCCGGAUGUGAACUCAUUUUCCUUUUUCUGGAAUGCCGAAGACCGCGAGGAGUUUAAGGAUGAUCCGUGGAUGAUACAAAUGAAACAAGUGGGCAGGCCGAUGGGGUCCAAUAAUACCUUAACCUUCUGGGCCAAUGGAGAUGUGGCUAAGCUGAUAGAAACUUUACCGGAAACUGUCGUGAAGAGCAAACUGAUGCUACUCUUAAAUAAGUUCAUGGGAAAAAGCAUGAAAAUACCAGAACCCACUGGUAUGAUCAGAUCCACAUGGUACUCCAACCCGUUCACGCGAGGCUGCUAUUCUUACGACAACCUCCAACUGCAUGACUAUCCGAAUGCACGCGUGAUACUGUCGGAGCCCAUGCUAGAUGCCACGGGGAGUCCCAAGGUGCUGUUUGCGGGCGAGGCCUCGGAGCCGAGGCGCUUCGCCACAGUGAACGGCGCAAGUGACUCCGGGCGGCGGGAAGCCCUGAGAUUAUUGCCAGAUAUAAAAUUUAAUAGUUCAGUGUUUUAAAGUGUUGGACUUAAAAAUAGACGAAACUCCCAACUAUCAUUAAUGAACUUUGGUUUGACAAACCUUU